UCUCCCGACGCCGCCGUCGUCGCUCCUCGAAGCCUCCGGACGCCUCAGCCGCUGCCUGUCGCUCGUCAUGGUUGACCAGCUUACUGAAGAGCAAAUUGCAGAAUUCAAGGAGGCAUUCUCCCUCUUCGACAAGGAUGGGGACGGCACCAUCACUACGAAGGAGCUUGGCACUGUGAUGAGGUCUCUGGGGCAGAACCCGACUGAGGCUGAACUGCAAGACAUGAUCAAUGAGGUGGAUGCUGAUGGGAAUGGUACCAUUGACUUCCCAGAGUUUUUGACCAUGAUGGCAAGGAAGAUGAAGGACACAGACAGUGAGGAGGAAAUCCGGGAGGCUUUCAGGGUGUUCGAUAAGGACGGGAAUGGCUAUAUUAGUGCAGCCGAGUUGCGUCACGUGAUGACAAACCUAGGGGAGAAGCUGACGGAUGAGGAGGUGGAUGAAAUGAUACGGGAGGCAGACAUUGAUGGGGAUGGGCAAGUCAACUAUGAAGAAUUUGUGCAGAUGAUGACCGCAAAGAGAAGCCUGCAGAGCGGGCGGCUGGCAGUGCCCAUUCUCCUUCGAUACUUUUUUCUCCAACACACUCUCUCUACUUAAGUAACCUGGUUCUCUAAGCAAACAAUCGGCUGUGGAAUAAAUCUGACCAAGCAAUUAAAAAAAGAAAUCUUCCAAGCUGCAUGAUAGCACUCCCCUCUUCCUCUUCUUGCUCUUCCUUCCUCUUUUCCCUUCCUCCUUCUCUUCCUCCCAGAGCAGCCCCUAAAACCCCAGAGAACCCCCAGCCUUGUGGAUGUCUUUAUUUCCAUCGGGUCUUCUGUUCUGCGGUCUGUGCUGGCCCUUCUAGGGCGCCAAUUCUUUCUUUCUUUCAAGAAUCCACACGAUGGGGUGGAGAGAGCUCAAACCCUUCUUAAUCGUGUUGCAUGUGUCUGGCACUGUGGUUGUGCGCGUUGACCUGGCGGUCUCCACCAAAGGUCUUGCCCCAAAGAACACCAGGGGUAUAAGGAAGAAACU